AUGGGAACCAAUGCUGGUCACGAGGCCUACUCUACCGAGGAUCUUGAGAACUCUAUUAUCAAUUGGCCUGAAGAUAUCUUUCUCAGAGACCAAAUAGCCCUCGGCUGGCUUGAACAUUUGUAUCCGGAGGACCCCAUAUCAAGAGAUUCAGUCCGUCGAUGGUACCUGCCUUUUCCCAACGGUGUAUAUAUGAGCGCCUUCUAUGACUUGAUCAUCACGCCCCUGGGAGGCCAGAGAGAACAGCAGGAGCUUGAAACGACCUGGACAAGUGGACUAAGUGAUUCCAGCGAGCAUGUCCUGUUGAAGGAUGCUGAGGGUGGAAUUCUUGACUGGGGCGCAUUUCUUGGCCGUGCACCUCCGGAAGUUAUUCUACGAACCCACAAUAGAGAUGCUCUCCGUCCUAUCGACCGGAUGGUAUUCUUUUGGGGUUUAUUGCAAGAGUAUAAGUAUCCAUUUGAGGAUGAAGCCUUGAGUGCUCUGAGAGAAAGCAUCAGGCCAUAUCGGGGCGAGGAAACUAGCGACAAGGAUGUGGCGGCCUUGUAUAUUGGCCCAUCAAUCUAAAACGUGGAGAAUCCUGGGUUGUACUUCACUAAGC